CCCGAUUUACAAGCUGAAGUUGAGGUUGAAGUAUAAACGGCCGCAAAGGGAUCUGUGGAGCGAACAUCCUUCGUCGCAUCGUUCCUCAAAGCUCCAAACUUUUAUUUGAUUUCUCUUCUUCAUCUCUCGUUAAGCUGUUGCCUUUAACUUAUAUUCGCUGAUUUUCCAAUGGGUUUUCGUCAAUUCCUCAGUUCGCUUCGUGGAUUAUCUCGAAGAAUAAGUUCUUUCCACUCGCUACCAUCAUCUUCUUACACUUGUUCAUCCAGAUCAGUUUCUCGUUCACCAGCAAUUACCAGAAACCAAACCCCAAUCUGUACUUCGUCCCGUUGUAAUGAUCAUUCAACUGGGGUUAUUCCGAAUCGCAGUUACGCCUCUCACCAUUUCAGCGAUCAUGGUACAGAGCACAGCAAACAGGAUUCGGACGCCGACGAAAUUUCAAUCAUGGCAAGUGCUGAGAUUGCCCAGGAUGCUGAAAAAAUCUGUAAGUUGCUUACGAAAAACCCUAGUUCUUGCAUUGAAUCAUUGCUUGAUGGUGCUUCAAUCGAGGUGUCGCCGGCUCUGGUUGUCGAGGUGCUGAAGAAGAUGAGCAAUGCGGGACUUCUUGCGCUGUCGUUUUUCAGGUGGGCGGAGAAGCAGAAAGGCUUCAAACACACAACGGAAAGCUACAACUCGUUAAUCGAAUCCCUCGGUAAGAUCAAACAGUUCAAUGUGAUUUGGAAUUUGGUGAAUGAUAUGAAACGGAAAGGGAUUUUAAGUAGAGAAACAUUUGCUUUAAUUUCUCGGAGAUAUGCACGAGCUAGAAAGGUUAAAGAAGCAAUCGAGGCAUUUGAGAAGAUGGAGAAGUUUGGAUUCCAACUGGGAAUAUCAGAUUUCAAUAGACUAAUUGACACCCUGAGCAAAUCGAGAAACGUUGGGCAUGCACAAGAGGUGUUUGAUAAAAUGAAGCACAGAAGGUUCAAGCCUGAUAUCAAGUCUUACACAAUUCUAUUAGAAGGAUGGGGUCAGGAGCAGAAUUUGUUGAGGUUGAAUGAGGUUUAUAGGGAGAUGAGAGACGAUGGGUUCGAACCGGACGUCGUGACGUUCGGUAUAGUUAUCAAUGCACAUUGCAAGGCAAAGAAGUAUGAUGAAGCUAUUCAGUUGUUUCACACAAUGAAAUCUAAGAAUGUCAAACCAUCACCUCAUGUGUUCUGUACCUUAAUCAAUGGUUUGGGCUCUGAGAAAAGAUUGAAUGAGGCUCUAGAGUUUUUCAAACAAUCAAAGUCGAGUGGCUAUGCUCCAGAGGCACCGACUUAUAAUGCCGUGGUGGGGGCUUACUGCUGGUCGAUGAAGAUGGCUGAUGCAUAUAGGACGGUUAACGACAUGAAAAAACUAGGCAUCGGUCCAAAUUCGAGGACUUAUGACAUCAUAUUACAUCAUUUGAUAAAGGCUGGGAGAUCAAAAGAAGCUUAUUCUGUUUUCGAGAGAAUGAGUAGGGAGCCAGGGUGUGAACCAGCUUUGAGUACAUAUGAAAUCAUGGUGAGAAUGUUAUGCAAUAAGGAGCGAGUAGACAUGGCGAUUCGGAUUUGGGAUCAAAUGAAGGCCAGAGGAGUUCUUCCGGGAAUGCAUAUGUUUUCAACAUUGAUUAACAGCUUGUGCCACGAGAACAAGUUAGAGUGUGCCUGCAAAUACUUUGAAGAGAUGCUGGAUUUGGGUAUUCGGCCGCCAGCAACAAUGUUUAGCAAUCUGAAACAGGCUCUUCUUGAUGAGGGUAGACAGGAUACAGCUUUACUUCUGGUAGAGAAACUCGAUAGACUAAGAAAGGCACCAUUGCACGGUUGACAUUCACAAUGGAAUGGUUGGAAAUGCUGUCAAUUUGUUGAUAUCAACCGAAGAUGAUUCUCUUAUUUGAUAUCGUUUUGAAUCUUUCUGCGAAAUGGGUGGAAGAUGUGGUGAGAUAUGGGAAGAUUUUGAUACCAAAAUAUGAAGAAUCUUUAUACUCUUGAUUAGCCAAGGAACUCGAAAGAAGUCGGUACUUCUAACCCUCUAAUGCUUUUUGUGUUAUUGAUCAUUGAUUACUUACUUGCAUAUGAAUAUUUGUGCGUCUGGAAAGAUUUAUUUAAUCGUCUCAUGUUUAUA